AUGGUGCUGGUCUCGCACAUUCACAACUUUGCCAGCAAUACUUCGGCUCACGGAGUCGCGCGCGCGUUUAAUUCAGUAUCGAUCCGACAGCGCGUGUUCUGGGGAUUCGUCUUCGUCGUUGGAUUAAGCUACUCGAUUUUCCAAACGUACAGAAUACUCGAGCAGUAUCUUAGAUAUCCACGAAAUACACUUAUAGAUGUGGAGUAUGUUAAAUACAUCGAGUUUCCAGCGGUGACGAUCUGCAACAAGAAUCCAUACUCGCAAGCUGUUCUCGACGAAGUGAUACAUUACUUGCCAGAUGAAAACGAUUAUGACUGGAGCAAUUACGACUACACCUAUUAUGACGACGACGGAGAACCCCUAUUUGAAGAAAAUUCGGACUUUCUCGAUGAGGUUAAGGAUUCGUCGGAGUAUAUCUCGCUCGUGAACGAGCAAUUGCCCACACUAAGGGAGAAGACUAUUGCGGGCACAGCGAUCGGCGACUUCACCAUUGAAUGCGCGUUCAAUGGACGAAAAUGCGACUUGAAGAAAGAUUUCAUUCUGACUCUUUCCGGAAGAUAUGGGAACUGUUACACCUAUAAUUAUGGCUUCGAUAAACCAGCCAUAAGAUUUAGUAAAACAGGAGCACGGGCAGGUCUGACUCUGACGCUCUUCGUGAAUCAGGACGACUACGGCACCGCUUACACGCAGUCGGCUGGGGCGCGAAUCGUGCUGCAUCAACCCGGCCAGAGUCCGUUUCCUAUCGAGGAGGGCUUCGACGUCGCUCCGGGAUUCGAGACAUCAUUGGCCGUUCAAUUAGUAGAACUCACUCCAACUAGUACGAUCGUCAGCACGGAUAGAAGCCACGUUAGUCAGGACAGUGAAGGCAUCUCGCGGCGCGACUCAUUAAGGGUCAAGGGAUUCGCUGACAUUAUAACAGAGUUUGACUUACAAUCAACAGGUGGCACUCAAAUACACGAAACCUAUAAUGCAACGACACCGGACUACGAGAGCAACACAGAUUAUAACCAAAGUACGCCUUCCACUGAUUCAACAUCACCCGGAUACGAAUCCAAUACAACAGCGUCUGCAGACGGCUAUGACUUCAUCACAGACUCUUCGCUGGGAAAUGGAACGUCACAAAAUGAAACUGGAACGAACUAUAACACCGGUACCAAUAUGACGGAGGAAAUAAUCCAAAUACUUGACACAAGUCUGAAUAUUGCAAGAAAUAACUUCCUGAAGGUAAAUGUUUACUUUCAAGAGCUUAUUAUCUACAAUAUCACUGAUGUGCCAGCUUACGCGUGGGAAAACCUGAUGGCUGAAUUAGGAGGAACGUUUGGGCUCUGCAUCGGAUUUUCGCUGAUGACAAUCAUGGAGUUUGUUGAAUUGGUAGUAAUAAUUAUCCAAGAUGUCGCUUGCAAACGACGUAAAUCAGACGAGACACAGGUAGUGAUCAGUUCAUCGGCUGACAUUCAGGAGAUGCCGCAGAUAGCAUGGCCUACCGACAAGAAGCAUCAGUCGAAGCACAUGAGAUAG